AUGCCAAAAUCUGCGCCAUCAAAACCCCUUUUGACUACCAAGCCCUACGGCGCACUACAAACGACGGUCAACAAAGGCGGACAUCCUCCUAAACCAUCCCCCACCAACACUGUUGCCCUUCGGUCUCAUCAUCGACCUCCUUCCCUCAUCUGCCCGCUCGCGUCCUCUUCAUUUGCUGUUCUGUUAAUCCUCUCAACCCGUUCACCUCCGCAUCUCCUCGCCCACCCGCACCCCAUGUACUUUCCACCACCGCCCGUUUUCAAGCACCAUAAAUCCAUGCCAUUGAACGCCCCAUUCACCGUCCCAUCUGCCCCCACAUCCAAUACUUACACCCACAUCCUUCAAUUAUGGUCCCUUCUGUCCCCAGCACCUGGUCCGAAGCCCAACCUGUACACAGGGCAAGAAGGGGGACUCGGCUGCUUUCGUCGAUGA